AUGGCGGAGAGCUGUGCCCGGGCCGCUGCAGGCAGGGGAGUGUGGACGCCGUUCACACCGGCUUUGCAUGGGGUUCCGAGUCCCCCUCUGCAGGUGCCUGCCUGGGUGACCCAAGCUCGUCAGGGUGUAAUCUACCACACCCUCUCCCAGAAAGAGGCCAAGGAGCUGGAUGUCCAGCGCCCGGGAGCCCAGCGCGCUGAGGCCUUCCUGCAGGCCUUCCUGCGGCGCUGCACGCCCCACAUGAGCCAGAGCGCCCGCGAGGACCAGCUGCAGCGCAAGGCCGUGGUGCUGGAGUACUUCACCCGCCGGAGGGGCAAGGAGCAGAGGAGGCGGGCCAGGGGCCUGUCCGCGCGGCAGAGGAGGGCGCUGCGGCUCUUCGACAUUAAGCCGGAGCAGCAGAGAUACGACCUCUUUCUCCCCCUGCACGAGCUCUGGAAACAGUACAUCCGGGACCUGUGCAAUGGCCUCAGGCCAGACACGCAGCCCCAGGCGAUCCAGGCCAAGCUGUUGAAGGCAGAUCUCCAUGGCGCCAUUGUUUCAGUGAUACCCAAGCUGGGCUGUGUGUUCUCCGUGGAAACCGACGGCUUCGUUUCCUACAUUCACGGGAGCAAAUUCCAGCUCCGGUCGAGCGAGCGGUCCGCCAAGAAGUUCAAAGCGAAGGGAACCAUGGACCUGUGA